UGGUAUUCGCCAAACGCCCUGCUAAAACAACGUAGUCCCAUAUCCGAAAGCAAUGUACGCCGACAUUAUGAUGAAGUGCCCCCCUGAACUCCUUGCUAAACCAUCAAGUAUUACUGUAUGCACAUCUGGCCGAUAUGGCCUGGCUGGCAGGCCAGUGCAGAAGAAAGGGAACUGUUACGAAAAGGAACCGUUUGGAUCGUUCGAUUGGGGCGGCGUGAAACGAGUGAAGCCACCGAGGCCAGAUUGGAGA